AUGGAAUGUCAACAACAACAGGAAUUUGAAAGUUUUGAACAUUUACUUAAUGGAAUAGACUUAAAUAACAUAAGUACUCCAGCGCUACGCGAUCCAUUUGAGAUUUCGAAGCAAUUUAACAACGGAAUAAAAUUCAUAAGCGCUAGAAAUAUAUUGUAUUUAAAUGUGCUUGGCGAGGCCAAAAAGUUAAAUGUAAACAAUACCUACGCGAUUAAAAGAGUGACGGAAAUAUUAUGGAGUAGGGCCACAUUCGAGGAAAAGAGGAUAUGGUGUGAUCUCGCAAAACAGGUGUCCAAUUUCAUUAAAUCAGAAUCAAUGUUUCCGCCAAACAUUUUAAGAGUUAGAAAGUUUGAUAGUAAUUAG